AUGGCAACGGCCUGGAGAAGCAGAGUCCGUUUCCGUGAGCCAUGGCCGCUGCUCCACCCCCACCGCUGCUACUAUCUUCGUCUUGUCAGACAACUCUGCUGGCUCAUCAUCCUCGCCUUCUUUCUUGUGGAGGUAGAAGCGAGAGUGAGCAGCACGGGGUGCUUGCAGAGGGAGAGGGAUGCUCUCUUGCUUCUCAAAGCCGCCAUCAAAGAUCCUUCUGCCCGCUUGUCUUCUUGGCGUGCCCAAGUAGACUGCUGUGCAUGGACUGGCGUCGUAUGCUACAACACAACGGCCGGCAGAGUGCAGGUGGCGGUGCUCAACCUUCAAAAUCCAAAUGCCCACCAACCCAAAUGGACGCAGAGGGCUUUGAGGGGUGAGCUGCUGCAUCCAUCAUUAUUGUCUUUAACUCAUUUGCACACCUUAAAUCUAAGUUAUAAUGACUUUGAUGGCACCCAAAUUCCACCACUCAUUGCUUCUCUUCACAAACUACGCCAUCUUGAUCUUUCAUUCUCCAACUUCAGUGGAACCAUUCCCCCUCGUCUCGGAAACUUAACUAAUCUUCUUUAUCUUGAUCUCAGGUCAAAUAAUAAUUUUGCUAAAGUUCUCCACAGCCCAGACUGGCUCUCCGGCCUUUCUUCUUUGAUUUAUCUGGACAUGUCCUAUUUGAAUCUCAGCACCGUCUCCAAUAGUUUGGUAUCAGCAGUCAACAGAGUACCAUCCUUACAACACUUAAAACUAGUUGAUUGUAGUAUUAAUACUAUCGCUCUUCCUCUUAAUUGUCAACUCAACCUCACUUCUCUCGCAACUCUCGAUCUUGGUUUUAACAACUUCAACUCUUCUUUGCCUAACUGGUUGUGGAAUCUCACAAGCCUCUCCUCUCUUCAUCUUUCUCACUCUGGAAUUCGAGGGGCAUUCCCUGAUGAAAUUGGAAACUUAAUUAGUCUCACAAAUCUUGAUCUUUCAUGGAAUUUGCUCUCUGGUCCUCUUCCUGAUGUGAUAUGGAAACUAAAGCACCUAACAUAUCUCAGGCUGAGAGACAAUUUGUUUGGAAAUUCUUUACCACUUGGGAUUAUGAAUCUAUCGAGCUUGUCCACACUAAUCCUCAAUAAUUGUUCAUUUAUUGGUCGAAUUCCUAGUGAGUUUGGAAAUUUGACUACACUAGUUUCUCUUUCUUUUGCAUAUAAUUCACUUUCUGGACCAAUACCAGUUGAGAUUUGGAAAUUAGUCAACUUAAAUGUUCUGGACCUCUCUGCUACUCUCCUCGAGGGUGAUAUUUCUCAACUCCACCUUUCCAACCUAACUGAAUUAAAGGCAUGCCAUCUAAUAUGUGCAAUUCUUAUGCACUUGAACGUCUCAACUUAUCGAACAAUCAAAUAUCCGGAGAAAUUCCUCAAGAAGGAUCAAUAUCUUCAGUAUAUUCAUUUGGGAAAUAAUAUGCUCUUUGGAGAAAUUCCAAGCUCUCUUGGCAACUUGAUGGGACUUGAGUUUUUGCACUUGAAUAAUAACAAUCUAAAAGGGCAUAUCCCAUCAUCACUUCAAAAUUGCACUCGUUUAUUGGUUGUUGAUCUUGGCGACAAUAAACUCUCUGGGAGCAUACCUUUGUGGAUUGGACAAAGUUGGCAAAACUUGCGCAUUCUUCAAUUGUGCUCAAAUAUGUUUAAUGGAAAUAUUGAUCCACAACUUGGACAUUUAAGGGAUUUGCAAAUCAUCGACCUUGCAAAUAACUAUUUGUCAGGGUCAAUACCACAUUCCUUUGGAAAUUUCAGCACAAUGAUUUCGGCAUCAGCAAAACAACUUCUAGUAACUUUUCAGACUAAGUAUUUCUCAGAUAUGAAUUUUGGGGGCAGUGAGAGCAUGACUUUAAUUACAAAAGGAAAUCAAUUUACCUUUUCAUCUAUUCUUUAUCUUGUGAAGAGCAUAGACCUUUCAAAUAAUAAUUUGACAGGUGAGAUUCCUGAAGGAUUAGGGUAUCUUGUUGGACUUCACACUUUGAAUUUAUCAAGAAACUACUUGAGUGGCAAAAUCCCAAAUAGUAUCGACAAAAUGAUUUCAUUGGAAACUCUAGAUUUGUCUUUCAAUAAUUUAUCAGGGGUUAUUCCUCAAGGCCUAUCAGAAUUGAAUGCUCUAAGCCACUUGAAUUUGUCAUACAACAAUCUAUCAGGAAACAUCCCGUCUGGGAAUCAACUUCAAACACUAGAUGAUGCAAGCAUUUAUAUUGGCAACCUUUAUCUUUGUGGAGACUUAAUAAACAAGAGUUGCUUUGAUGGGAACAAAAUCAAUAUGACAAGCAAAAAGCACAUAAUGUUUCCAAUGCUAUCAAUCUAUCUUAGUAGUACACUUGGAUAUUUUGUUGGAUUGUGGAGUAUGUUUGUCCUCCUAUUAUUCAAUGAAAAGUGGAGGUACUCUUACUUUAUAAAAGUCGAUAAAAUUUGUGAUAAAACUUAUGUGUCAAUCAAGAUACGAUUGAAUAGAAUAGUGGAUGAUUAG